CUUUCUCUUCAGUCUUCUCUCAGGUACUUUCUUCCUUUGAUUCUGGCCUGUGGGUUUCUGUGUGGUUUUGCUUCGCGUUCAAGCUCCUCUUUUCUUCCUCCUCCUCCUCAUCUUUUCCAAGAACUUCAACAAUGAAGACUGGCAAAGGGAAGGGAGCUGUAAAGAACUCUAGGGAAUCGUUGAAGCCUGUCGAUGAUAGAAAGGUCGGAAAGAGAAAGGCUGCGGCUAAACCUGACAAAAGUAGUAAACGGAUGACCAAGGCCAAGAAAGAUCCCAACAAACCAAAAAGACCACCCAGUGCUUUCUUUGUCUUCCUUGAGGAGUUCAGAGCAACCUUUAAGAAGGAAAAUCCUACUGUGAAGGCAGUAUCAGCUGUUGGGAAAGCCGGAGGAGAGAAAUGGAAAUCCUUGUCUGAGGCUGAGAAAGCUCCGUAUGAAGCCAAGGCUGCGAAAAGGAAAGCUGACUAUGAAAAAAUUAUGAAUGCUUAUAACAAAAAGCAGGCAAGCACUGCAGAUGAUGGAGGUAAUGAAUCAGACAGGUCCAAAUCUGAAGUUCAUGAUGAAGAUGAAGAGGAGGCACACCAAGAGGAAGAGGAGGAGGAGGAUGAAGAAGACGACGAAGAGGAGGAUGAUGACUGAAAUUCAUGCUUUCAAUUUGAAUAAUGUUGUUUCAUUGGUGGAAGUCUAUUAUAUAUGUUGUCUGUGCAUACUAGGAGGAUACUUCUGAAUGUUUUGUGCAGAUAGAGAAGAACUGAACUCGCCUUUCACUUGAGCUUCCCUCAGGUGUUACUUAUUGUACUCUAAUGUUCCCUUUUAAGCUUGUAGCCUGAAAUGUGCUGGCGUCCGAAGUAACAUAUUUUCCCUUUUUGUACGAAAGGAAGUUGAUAUGUAUGAAACACACCAUUUUCACUUCACACAAUGUUCAUCUAGUGAUAAAAGUUACUCCAUAUUUCAGCAUAUAAUCCAUUAAAGUCCUGUUUGGCAAUACUGCCAAAGAUUGUUUCCAAUGUAAGACGUUGUUAAUUGGAUCAUUUUGUUGAGGUUU